UACACACUAAACCUUCACAUCACUAUGGCACUCCUGCUCCUGGUGUUGUUUUCCAUAACUUCAGCUGCAAUCUGUGAUCAGGUUUUUCAGCAUGAUGAAUGUGAACAAGGCGAGGAAUUCUGGUGUCAAGAUCUACAAUCAGCCACGCACUGUGAUAAAGUACCUUACUGUACCAAGUACAUCUGGGGAGAUCUUGAGCAGGUGAAUUUCAAAGAAGAAAGCCCCAUGAUCAAAUGUUUUGCAUGCAAACGUAUAAUGAAACGUGUGAAGAAAUCUGUGGGUGAAGUUACUGAUAAGGAAGAAAUUAAAGAAAAACUUGACGCCUUCUGCACUGAGCUGAGGUUUAUGCGACGUAUAUGUAGCAAACUUAUGAACAAGUUCAAAGAUCGCAUAGCUGAUGCGCUUAGUGAAGAAUCGGAUGCAAGGGGUAUCUGUGUUACCCUGGGACUAUGUAAAGAAGCAUACACAUUCUAAGCAUAACGUAAGUGAUGUGGCAGUCAUCUCCAUCACUGUAAUGAUGUCCAGGAGAAUUCCUAAAGCUAUCCCAGAGCCAGUGAACCAUUACAAGCAAUUACCAACACAAUAGAAUUUGGUAUCAAGAAUGGCUUCCAGUGUUUUGUAACAAAAGUAUCCUAAUUACUUAAUGUCUUUGAUGAGAUGGCCAGUACAAUUUAUGCAUUAUAAGGCUUUGCAGAAUGCUUUAUAUUUGUAGCAUUUUUUCAAAAUCAUGCCUUGUAUUUUGUUUUAUUAAAAAUGAAUCAAAUAUGCUUUAACUUGGCAGUUUAGAAUAAAAUGGAUAAUCACAAUUUAAUGCCUUGACCUUAAUUUUACAACCACUGAAUCAAAAGUAAGAUGACAUAAAAGAGACAUAAACUUGGACUGAAGCAUUUUUCUGUCAUGGAAUAAACAAAAGGUAGA